CAACGGCAACUCCGGAGUUGUGUUCAGAGGCAGGUAAACAAAAUGGCGGCUGCCUAACAACUGAACUCCUGCAGGAGGGAGGAGAGGCGAUGCUGCAUGGAGCAGAACAACGGCAACAGCAGCCAGAGGAGCCCGAGGAAUCCGAGCCGAUCCUGGCGCCUUUCAGAGACUAUGUCGAGAUGGACGAGGUCAUUGACUACAUCAGUGACAACGACCUCAUGGGAGUGGACACUUUCAUCCACAGGAUAGACUCCACCGACGUGAUCUACCAGCCGAGGAAGAAAAGGGCCAAAAUCAUCGGAAAGUACCUAAUGGGCGACCUCCUGGGAGAGGGGUCCUACGGCAAAGUCAAGGAGAUGCUGGACUCUGAGACCCUCUGCAGGAGGGCCGUGAAAAUACUCAAGAAGAAAAAGCUGCGGCGGAUCCCAAACGGGGAAGCGAAUGUGAAAAAGGAAAUUCAGUUGCUCAGGAGACUACGACACAAAAAUGUAAUCCAGUUGGUAGAUGUGCUGUAUAACGAAGAAAAACAAAAAAUGUAUAUGGUAAUGGAGUAUUGCGUGUGUGGAAUGCAAGAAAUGUUGGACAGCGUCACAGAUAAGAAAUUCCCAGUAUUUCAAGCUCAUGGGUACUUCUGCCAACUGAUUGAUGGUCUAGAAUAUUUGCACAGUCAAGGAAUAGUCCACAAAGAUAUUAAACCGGGAAACCUACUGCUAACAACAGAUGGCACUUUGAAAAUCUCAGACCUAGGAGUAGCUGAAGCAUUACACCCUUUUGCAGAGGAUGACACGUGUAGGACAAGUCAAGGGUCACCAGCAUUCCAACCUCCAGAAAUCGCAAAUGGCCUAGAUACAUUUUCAGGGUUCAAAGUGGACAUCUGGUCUGCAGGAGUGACAUUAUACAAUAUCACAACGGGACUUUAUCCAUUUGAAGGGGAUAACAUCUACAAAUUGUUUGAAAACAUAGGGAAAGGGGAGUACACCAUUCCAGAGGAAUGUGGACCGUUGCUGUCGGAUUUACUGCAAGGAAUGCUUGAAUAUGAUCCUGUGAAAAGGUUUUCAAUACAACAGAUCAGACAGCACAAUUGGUUUCGGAAAAAACAUCCUCAGGCAGAAAAUCUUGUUCCUAUUCCUCCAAGCCCAGAGACCAAGGACAAGUGGAGAAGUAUGACAGUGGUGCCUUAUCUGGAAGACUUGCAUGGUUAUAAUGAUGAAGAAGAUGAAGAUCUGUUCAAUGAAGAUGAAAUUAUUUAUACUCAGGAUUUUACAGUACCAGGACAGGUGCAGGUGCCUGAAGAAGAAAUUGAGCAAAACGGCCAAAACAGGAGCAAAGGCAGCCACAAAACAGUGUGCAUGAAUGGUACAGAGGCAGGACAGUUUAACAGCAAGGUCAAAAAUGAACGGAGGUCAAGCUCUUCUUCCAAUCCAUCCCGCAAAGCCUCCACCAGUAGCAGCAAAAUUCGGAAACUCUCUGCAUGUAAACAGCAAUGACCCAUCUGUAAACUCUGUGUGCUAAUAAUGAAGUUGGAGGAUUAUGGUGUUGCUGCUGCCUCUGUGCCUGUGUGGACCAGCACUGGAGGCAAGCGACGGAGAAAAGAAGAAAGAAGCGGUGAACAAAAAUGAAAUAAUCCCUGCCUUCUAUAGAAUGAAGACGGCAUGUUUGUCCAGCCUACCACCCAAUGCCAACUGUUUGUAACAACAAUCCUGAGUUUGACAGAAGUAUAACCAUGGAUGUUUAGAACUUUGUGCAAAGCCAUUUAGAUGCACUUUAUGUUUUAGACUACUUUGUUUUCUGUUUAUACUUGCAGUAUAGUACACAUUAUGUGUAAAUGCAUGCUGUAAAGGGCUUGGAGAAAGGGAAUAUACAUUUAUAAAGGGCAAGGGGUUCAAUACCUUGUGUGUUAAUCUGUAUUGCUCUGCAGCUGGUUCAUUAAGAAAAAUCAAUAUACACCAAAUGAAAAUAUCUCGCUACCAUUUUUGGGAGCGAUGAGAAGAGCAGUUCAAGUAUUGUUAUCUCUACCGUUUGACAAGAUUUUGGAAUGGGGGAUGAGCUAUAGGAAACAACCCUGCUUUAUUGAAAGGCCUAGAACGAAAAGUAUUACCUCUUGGUACUAAUUUCUGACAGCCACAGUCACAUCACUGUUAGAAAUGAUUGCAUUUAUCAAUUCAGCCUUCAGAUAGCUUCCCACCUAUUGGGCAUACCAACACAUGCAUUCCUUUAAUUAGUGGUAUGCUGUUGAACUUUUUGUCCCAGUUUUAUUUUUUCUUCCACUGUAUUCUAUACCAAAAGGACUUUCAAAACAAAAAUGGAAAUACUGUACACACUGUUCACUAAACUGAUACAAGCGGAUGCAGCUGUUUCAUGGACAAAUGUUGCAUUUACAUAGAAGGUGCAAGUGUAUUUCUAUGGGUCACAGUUAAAAGACUUAACAAAUGAUAACCUGGAAAGAUUCUACAGCCAGCAUUGUAAAAUGGACCCUUUUGCUGCAAUAUUGGAUUGAUAAUGUAUAUGGUAAAAUGCUGCAUAGGGAAGAGUAGCACUUAAUUUUUGUGUUGGUAAUAAGACAGUUCUCUAUAAUAGGAUGGUCUGCUGUCCCACACUGGUGUACCAAUGCAACUUGUAUACAUUUGCAGCUGCUGUUUUUUUUUCAUGUUAUUUCUUGAUGAAGCCACUGCACACUUUGCAGGCUGGCUCUUUUGUGAAUUAUCAAAACACUGUAGUGGAACCAAAGCAUUACUUGUACUAAAGUAGCUGCCAUUAUUAUUA